AUGAGUAGUCCAAGAAAAUUUGCUGAAAAAAUUGCAUUAAUACAACAGAAACAAGCAGAAGGUGAUGCAGCAUUUAAUACAAUUAUUUAUGAAGUUGAAGCGGCUAAACAAAGAGCCGAUCGUGUUUCAACAGGAAAAAUUAAAUUGGAUGUACCAAUACGUAAAUAUGACAAACCUUUUGAAAAUUAUCAGGAAUGUAAUGGAAUGAACAAUUUAGAUGAUAAUAGUACAAAUAAUUAUCCUCAAACAAUUCAAAUGGACAAUGGUCAUGAAGCCGAUCGGCUUUUGCAACCACCUGACAAUUCAUCAUGGCGACGAACUCAUUCAGAUUCAUCACUUCAUCAUACUAUAAUGCCAAGUGUUGCUGCACAUUAUCAUAAUCGAAUUGAAAAUGAUAAUAAUGGACAAGCAUCAAAUUACGAUAUGAUUGAUAUUAAAUAUGAACCAUCACUCUAUUCAUCUCCUUCUCAUCAUCCUCAUCAUUUACAAGUAUCAAAUUCACCUUUUCAACAACAACAUCAUCAAUUUGAUUUAAAUCAUAAUAUAAAUCCUAAUUAUAUGAAUGGUCGAACAAAUAUGGGUUAUUCUUUAGCACAAAUGGCUACACCAAUAGGACCAACAGCAUCAUUACCAACACAACCUGUUGCAUCGGCACCAUCAAAUAAUACUCAUACACUUUUAGGACCACGAUAUAGUGGUGGUUCAACAGGUUCCAAUGUUCUUAUGUUACCACCAAAUCAUCAUCCACGUGGUGGUUCAUUACCUGAUUUACGUACUGAAAAUACAUUUCACCAUCAACAAGUAUCAUUUUCAACAACACCAUCACCACCAACAUCUACAACACAACAUUUCUUUCGUUCAUCUUCACCACAACAAAAUGGCGAUGGAGAUUUAUAUAGUUUGGGUCCUCAACAACAAUUACCAUCAAGAAUUGGACCAUUAAAACAAAGUCCAAGUAUUCGUCGACGUCAUAGUCCAAUUGGUGAAGUUAAACAAACAUCACCACGUCGACAAAAUUCACCAUCACCUGAUGUUUUACCUAAUCAACAAACUGUUUAUCGCGUUGAACCUUCAAGUCCUCAAUCUCAAUCAAGUUAUUCUCCACAAAAUUCACCACAUUUAUUACCUAGUCCAGGCAAUGAUCUUGGCCCAUUUUCACCUCAGCAAUCAACAGAUAAUAAUCAGCAACAACCUUACUUUACAUUACCUACACAUUUCGAUCAGAUUACAUUAGAUAAUAAUUUUUAUACUCAACAACAACAACAACAUCAACAACAAUCAUCUUCAUCACAACAACAAAAUCCUAAUCAUUCGCCCACAGCAAAUUCAGUUUUAACAUCAUUAUCCAAUGAUAUGAAUGGUAUACAAUUGAAUUAUUUUCGUCCACGAAAUAUUUAUCCAAAUUUUUUGGAUGAUAUAUCAGCAAGUUAUUGUCAAACUCAAACAACGGUAACUGUAUCAGCAAAUGUUAAUCAGAAAAGUCCAACUAUUCCGAAUAUAAUAUUAACUGAUGUUGAUAGUUCGAAAUUAGAUUUAUCGAAAGAAUUAGCAAAUGAUUUUUCAAAUACAUUUGACAGUUUAAUUGAUCCAACUGAUUUACAAUUAAAUGCAGAAGAUUUUUUGCUCAAUGCGUCGGAUCUUUCAAUUGAUCCAAAUAUGUGUGAUGACACAUUUCGUAUGGAAAAUUAA